AUGUUGGGAAACCAAACGACUACAACAUUCAUCCUCCUGGGAUUUGGAGAGUUCUAUAAAUUGCAGAUGCUUCUCUUCCUGACAUUUCUAGCAAUCUACAUUGUGACCAUCUCUGGAAACAUUCUAAUUGUUGCACUAGUUGUCUUGAAUAAGCAUCUUCACACCCCCAUGUACUUCUUCCUAGGAAACCUCUCUUUCUUGGAGGCUUGCUACAGCUCCAAUAUAUUUCCAAGGAUGCUCUCAGCUCUUAUGACUGGGGACAGAACAAUUUCAUUCAGUAGUUGCUUCACACAAUGGUAUCUCUUUGGUUCCCUGGAAGCCGCGGAAUGUUGUUUGCUCUGUGUGAUGUCGUAUGACAGGUAUCUAGCCAUUUGUAAACCAUUGCACUAUACAAUAACGAUGAAAACCACGACGUGCAUCCAAUUAGCAGCUGCAUCUUGGAUCAAUGGAUUUAUAGUUUUUUUGAUAUUACUUAAUUUGAUGUUACAGUUAACAUUUUGUGGUCCCAGUGAAAUGGAUCAUUACUUUUGUGACUACUUCCCACUUCUUAAACUCUCUUGCAGUGACACUAGCAUGGUGGAAAUUAUGAGUUUUGUUGUGGCUGCUAUAUUCACCCUUCCCCCUUUUCUCCUAACUCUUGUAUCUUAUGUAUAUAUCAUUGCUGCCAUUGUGAAAAUCCCUUCCACCACUGGGAGACAGAAGGCCUUUUCCACCUGCUCAUCUCACUUGGUUGUAGUUUCCAUUUUUUAUGGGUCUCUAAUGAUAGUAUAUAUGUUACCAAAGACUGAAGUCAAGAAGGAGAUGCAAAAAAUUUCCUCUCUUUUAUACACAACUUUGCCACCUCUAGCCAACCCCUUUAUAUACAGCCUGAGAAACAAGGAGGUCAAAGAGGCCCUGAGAAAUAAUAUUGGUAGGCUCAUACCACACAAAUCAAGUCCUAAAAAGAUAGUUAAUGUGGUUAAUUUGUAA